AUGGACUUCGAUGUACGUACAAUGGAUAUAAAACAUUUGGAUGAGGAAGAAGUACAUAUGCGGGCGGAUCUUUAUCAAGGAUCUUUUCCUAUUACCACGGAAGAAAAUCUAAAAGCAAUUCCAGAGGAAUUCGAUGCACGAAAUCAGUGGGGAAAUUGUUGGUCCUUAAAGGAAGUUCGUGAUCAGUCAAAUUGCGGAUCGUGCUGGGCAGUUUCUACGGCAUCAGCCGCAUCUGACAGGUUGUGCAUCGCCAAGGGAUGGUACAAUGAGCCAGACGACCCUAUUAGAAGAAGUUACCAGACAUAUCUUUCCGACGCUGAUAUCAUGACAUGCUGUAAAGAAUGUAUGAGAAAAAAUGGAAAUAAAGAAGAAGAUGGGUAUGUGUAUAACCAAUUCAUGUGUAUAACCCUUGCAAAGCUUAUACCUUCCUUAGAUGCAAUGGAGGAUCCAUGUAUCAAGCCUGGUUGUACUUGGUACAAAAAGGAACGUGCUCUGGAGGACCUUAUGAGGACAAAGUAA